UUUGAUUUGAAAAUGAUGCCCUCAAUAUCCAACAGUCAAUAUAUAUGUGCCCGUGCAUCUACCUGCUUGCUAAGCACCAAGAACUCUGAUAGCCAAAAUUCCUCCCCUUGACAAAAGCAUGAGGGCAUUGCAGCUUCUGAUGCUACUAGGCUUGCUGCUAUCUCCAGUCACCCUUUCACUAGCUCGUAAACCUAGAAGAGAGAUCAGAGAUCGUGAGGUGUAUGGUAAUGGGAGAAUCUUCGAUAUUACCCACGAGAUCAAUCCUAACAUGCCCACAUGGGAGUCCAAGGACGGUCUGGGCCAGUUCAUUUGGCUUGUUUCUAGCAUGAAGAACGGUUCCAAACUUAAUUCUUCUGAGUUUAAGCUGUCCACACACACAGGCACGCAUAUUGAUGCACCUGGACAUGUCUACGAGGAAUACUAUGAAGCUGGAUAUAACGUCAAUUCACUUGACUUGGGUGUGCUUAAUGGCCCUGCACUGCUGGUUGAUGUUCCAAGGGAUAGUAACAUAACUGCGGAGGUUAUGAAGUCCUUGAAUAUUCCAAGGGGAGUGCGUCGUGUGCUCUUCAGAACUUUAAAUACUGACAGGAAGCUUAUGUACAAAAAGGAAUUUGACUCGAGUUAUGUUGCAUUCAUGGAGGACGGGGCAAAAUGGUUGGUUGAGAACACAGACAUCAAACUAGUUGGAGUUGAUUACUUAUCCUCUGCUGCAUAUGUUAAUACAAUCCCACCUCAUCUUAUUUUCCUGAAAAAAAGACAAAUCAUUCUUGUGGAAGGCCUAAAACUUGACAACAUUAUACCAGGACAUUAUAAUGUCCAUUGUUUACCUCUGAGGAUGCUUGGUGCUGAUGGAUCACCAGCAAGAUGCGUUCUUAUCAAAUGAUAAUUGAACUCUGUAACUUGUCAGCUAUUUAAUUAUCCUUUUCAACGGUUGUAAGUCAUUUGAUUUUUGAAGGUGAUGUAUCAUUAUAUAUUUAAGUCAAUAAUUAUCCAGGGAAUCAUCUCUCUUGUUCGUUGUGAAACUUUGAACUUGUAUGUUGAUGUCAGGAUAAUGUUCAUAUGCAUCAAUAUUGAAAGACAGCUGGAAAAAAACUCUGAUAUGCAGCA